UCAUGGACCGUAAACUGGAUUUGUCUCGUCUGACUGACGAAGAAGCAAAACAUGUCUGGGAGGUGAUUCAACGUGACUUCAACCUACGGAAGAACGAGGAAGACCGACUAGGCAAAUUGAAGGACUCCAUCCAGAAGGAGGACACCAAGCGCGAGCUGCUGGGCUCAUCGAACAACUUGUCCGACUCGUUGUGCAUCCGCUGCCUGCAGCCCUUCAAGUUCCUGGUGAACAGCAAGCGCCAGUGCUUGGACUGCCAGAUGUUUAUCUGCAAGUCAUGCAGCCGCUACAACAAGAAGGAGCACGGUUGGGUGUGCGACAACUGCCGCAUGACCAGAGUUCUGAAGAUCGGCACCCUGGGUUGGUACCACGACAACAUCCGCAACCGUUUUAAGCGCUUCGGCAGUGCCAAAGUGAUGAGGUCACUGUACAAGAGGUUGAAUGGAGAUGGUGGCCGAGAUGACGACACUCAGAGCAUGCCCGAUGUCCGCAACAACCACUACAAUGCUAACGAUGAGGAUCAAGGAGAAACUGAGGCACAGCGAUACAAAUCGAUGCGCAAAAAUAAACGGCUGCUGUCCGUUCAUCCAUUUGACUUUGACUCAGAGGACUAUUUCCCCUAUUCAAGGCGCCCAUCAGUGCAGCAAAUUCAGGAGGAUCGAGCACACAGGAAUGACGGAGAAUACGACUUAAACCUGCAGCGAAUGAACCGCAGGAGAAGUCUGGAUCGUUAUGCGAUGAGAACUGAUGAUUAUGGUGAGAAUCGUAUGGUUCGGACUCGAUCUUUGUCCAAGAUCAGCUCGAUGGCUCGUCAGCAGUACAUCGACACAUCUGACGAGGAAGACUGUCAGAGGUUUGCUCCAGUGUAUCAGCCACCCCACCACCGCCGCCGCAACAGCAAGGCCUCAUCUCAGGAGAACCUGGGCCAAACCCCCCCAAUAAACGAGUUGAACAAACGCAUGUCCGCCAUUGAAGGUCUGCUCAAUCGUUUGGAGGAGAAGAUGUCACCAGCCGAUAAGGCUUCUGGGUCAUCAGGUCAGAACGAAGAAGAGAAGCUGAUGAAGAAAUUGAGCGAGCUCGCAGGGAACUUGGGCAACAAACGCUUGUCAUCAGAUGACGAGGGGGACAAGAAGACCUUUUUGGGAGGAAAAAGUGUCGGUGGCAGCCGGGCAGCGGCCACCGUGGACUCUAUGAAGGAUCUGAGCUCAUCCAGCGAGGACGUGCCGAGUGAAGCACAAAAGAGAUCCACCGCCGCCGCCCUCUGUGACCUCACCACUGAGGCCCUGAGAACCAUUAAUGCCACAGAAAAUGCGAUGGUUGAGUUCGGCCUGUCUGAGCCGGUCGUCAGAACCCACAUGUUAGGGACUGAUGCUAAACAAGCCGAUGAGGCGUUCAGGCAACUUGAGGAAAAUGUUUACAUCGCUACCGGGCAGUCGUACGAACUGGAAACGAAGCUGCAGCGGCUCGAGCAAAGUGCCAAAAACCGCUUCGGGGGGACAACAGAUUCGGAGCUUUCUGAGCUGGAGGACGUGGUGGCGCUGACUGCCGCCAGGGUGCAAAGUGCUGAAAGCGAGGUAUCCGACAUCGAAAGUAAGAUUGCAGCCCUCAGAGCAGCAGGAUCCAAGAAGAAGGUUUCUGGAUCACAGAGGAAAAAGUCUAGUCAAGAACAAAUUGCCAAAUCUGAAAGGAAUGGAGCUGCAUGGAAAUCCAACAUCUCUUGA